UCACCAUUUCGUUAAGUGUUGAGCAAUAUCUGAUCUGUUUACAGUUAAAUUAAGUGUUAUACUGCAGAAAAUUAAAAUUAUGUUGUAAAAAUUCUCACUUGUGACAUGAAAGUUUUAUUUGUUUGUUUGGGGAACACCUGUCGCUCGCCCAUGGCGGAGGCGAUAUUGCGGCAUUUAAUAAAUAAAAAACAGCUGCACAAUUGGCACACGGACAGCGCCGGACUCCGGGAUUGGAAUGUGGGUCUGCGGGCGCAGGGGCGCGCCCAAGACUUGCUGCAACAGCACGGCCUAAAGACCCAACAUCUAAGUCGUAUUAUAACCGCGCAGGACUUUUACGACUUUGACUACAUCUUCGGCAUGGAUGAAUGCAAUCUGGCGGAGUUGCAGGAAAUGGCAGCUCAGCUGCAGCCGCAGCCCAAGUGCCGCAUACUACUGCUAGGCAGCUAUCUGAAUCGCAAGGAAGACGAGAUUAUCCAAGAUCCCUAUUUUAGUCACGGCAUGGGCAGCUUUCAUGCGGUGUACACACAAAUCCUGGAGAGCUGCGAGCGUUUCGUGCAGCAACAUGGCCAUCCGACUUAGAUAUUGACAAAAACCUUUAU